UUCUUUCAACUGACAGUUCGUUUAAUAAAUAAAACCAUUUCUUUGAUUUAUAAUUUACGUUGUGAUUAAGGUUCUUAUUUCAUUCCAAUUUCCAUUCGUGAAUGCUGUACUUUACUAACAGCCAAAAGUUUCAUAAAAAGAUUUCCGGGUGCAAUUCUAGGCAUAUAUAUCAGUCACAACUGGCUUUAAGUUUAUUUCAAUCCAAAAUGGAAAAUUAUUCCAAAGGGAAGAAUGUAGAAGAACAAAUGGAGAGGGACAAAAUACCAAUAACAAACCUUCCUGUUGAUUUCCUAUGGAUGCAGGUAAAAGGAGGCAGUAAAAUGACAAAUUUACUAUCACAUGCCUCAGGUAUUUUAGAGGAUAAAACAACUACCACUGUUGUUUGGAGUGGGGCUGGGGUAGCCAUUUCUAAAGUGAUAUCAUGUGCUGAAAUCUUAAAACGAAAAUUUUCAUUGAAAUAUCAAGUAACAAAGCUGACAUUUAAGAGUGUAGAGGAAUAUUGGGAGCCUAAACUUGAUGGUUUAGAAACAAUUGUUGUGAAGAGGCAAAUUCCUGUAAUCCAUAUUUUAUUGUCAUCACAAGAAAUAGAAGACACCCAGCAACUAGGAUACCAGACAUUACAUGGAAAAACAUUUUGGGAAACAAACAAGUCUUUUAUCAAGCAGACUCAGGCACAAAAACCUAAGAAACCUUUUAAACAUAAGACAAAUAUUAGUAAAACAAAAAUUACAGAUAAUUAAUUGAAA